AGAGAGAGAGAGCAAGACCCUCUCCAACACACUAACAGAGGCUGUGUGAGUGUGUGGGAAGGUUGGUUUGUGUAUGUGUGUCCCUGUGCAAACUAGUGUGUGAAGGAAGGCGACGAAUAGUCCUGUGGAAUAGGAAGAGCGACAGGAAUAUCUCAAAAUGAACUUCAACACGGUCGGAUGUUUUGACAGGACUGCAGCCAUGCUGUGCGGUCUAAGGCGAGAGGCAAAGAACUGCAGCAUCGAUGAGGUCCCCUACUCGAAAGGCAGCAGGGACUCUGGUGGGACCGACCACUCCCUCUCAUCCCGGAGGCGCAGUAUUGCAGAGGACUACCGGGGGGUGACCACGGUGGACCUCAUGAAGAGGGAGGGCAGCAGCCUGGGCCUCACCAUCUCUGGGGGGUCCGAUAAGGACGGCAAGCCCAGAGUGUCAAACCUGCGGCCAGGUGGGCUAGCUGCCAGGAGUGACCAGCUAAAUGAGGGAGACUACAUCAAGUCAGUGAAUGGCAUCAACCUGUCCAAGCUACGCCACGAUGAGAUCAUCAGCCUCCUAAAGAACAUAGGGGAGCGCGUGGUGCUGGAAGUGGAGUACGAGCUGCCUCCCUUCGUCCAGAGCACUCCCUCUGGUGUCAUAGCUAAGACAAUAGAGGUGUGCCUGUACAAGGAGGGCAACAGCUUCGGGUUCGUCAUGAGAGGAGGAUUCCAUGAAGACUGGCACCGGUCUCGUCCUCUGGUUGUGACUUACGUACGACCCGGAGGUCCAGCUGACAGAGAGGGCACACUGAAGGCGGGUGACCGCGUACUGAGCGUGGACGGGAUGCCCUUAAACCGGGAGAAGCACGCCGAUGCCCUAACGACACUGAUGCAGUGCAGCCAGGAAGCCCUGUUCCUGAUCGAGUACGACGUCUCCCUCAUGGAGUCUGUGCAUCAGGCCUCUGGCCCCCUGCUGGUGGAGAUAGCGAAGUGUCCUGCUGCCAGUCUAGGGGUCAGCCUGACCACGGCGAUGUACAGGAACAAACAGGUCAUCGUCAUCGACAAGAUCAAGCAGGCCAGUGUGGUGGAAAGAUGUGGGGCAUUGCAUGUCGGUGAUCUCAUCCUCUCAAUAGACGGGACCAGCACAGAGCACUGUUCCCUGAUGGAGGCCACGCAGCUGUUAGCCCAAACCUCUGACAUUGUCAAACUGGAGAUCCUGCCGGCCAAUCAGAGCAGACUUCCUAUGAGACCUCAGGAUACAGUGAAAGUGCAGAAGAGCAACCUUCACCCCUGGGACCCAACCGUUAACUACAGUCACACUCAACACUGCAAGACAUGGAGCAGUCCCAGCCAGGAACACUGCAAAUCUCUGGUGUGUGGUGGCUUCUCCCCUUCCUCCGCAGCCACUUCUGGGUACAGCAGCACCCUGCCCUGCCCCGCCGCCCCCACCAUCACCCCCACCAGCCCCCGGAGUGCCACCCACAAGAGGCGCCAGAGGAAGAAGGAGCACAAGAGCUCACUGUCCCUGGCAUCCAGCUCAGUGGGCCCUGGGGGACAGGUUAUUCACGUUGAGACUAGCGAGGUGGUUCUGAGGGGGGAUCCACUCACAGGCUUCGGGGUCCAGCUGCAGGGCGGCGUCUUUGCCACGGAGACCCUGUCCAGCCCUCCCGUCAUCCGCUUCAUCGAGCCCGACAGCCCAGCCGAAAGAUGUGGGCUGCUGCAAGUCGGGGACCGCCUCCUGUCCAUCAACAGAAUCCCUACAGAGGACGGAACACUGGAGGAGGCCAAUCAGUUGCUGCGAGAUGCUGCUUUGGCCAAUAAGGUCACCCUUGAGGUUGAGUUUGAUGUAGCAGAAUCAGUGGUUCCAAGUAGCGGGACAUUCCAUGUGAAAUUGCCCAAGAGGAAGGGAGUGGAACUUGGUAUCACUAUCAGUGCAAGCAAGAGGCCAGACAAACCUCUUGUCAUCUCUGACAUCAGGAAAGGAAGUAUAGCUCAUAGGACCGGCACAUUGGAGCCAGGGGACAGGCUGUUGGCUGUUGAUAACGUGCGUUUGGAGAACUGCACCAUGGAGGACGCCAUGCUCGUUCUGCAACAGGCUGAGGACAUGGUCAAGCUCCGAAUUCAGAAGGACGAAGAUAAUGCUGAUGAACUGGAGAUGUCUGGUUCCAUUAUCUACACGGUGGAGCUUAAGCGUUACAACGGCCCACUGGGAAUUACAAUCUCAGGCACGGAGGAGCCCUUUGACCCCAUCGUGAUCUCAGGCCUCACCAAGAAGGGCCUGGCCGAAAGGACGGGUGCCAUCCACAUAGGGGACCGUGUCUUAGCUAUCAAUGGUGUAAGUCUGAAAGGGAAACCUCUGAGUGAGGCCAUCCAUCUACUUCAGAUGGCCGGAGAGACCGUUACCCUCAAGAUCAAGAAGCGCCAAGAUGAAUCGGAUGGGCAGCAGACAUCAGAGCAGGCAGGAUUCCUGAGCGACACAGAAGACGAGCUGACUGACUCCCAAAAGACCAGUAAACACUCUGGGAUGUACUCUGCCACAGUGCCCAGUGUGGACUCUGCCAUGAGCUCCUGGGAUGGCUCUGGCAUUGAUGCUGGUUAUGGCAGCCAAGGAACGUAUCUUCACAGGGCUACAGAUCUGACCUUGCAGCCUAACGAAUGGAGACGUACCAAACCGCCCAGGACCCACCUCAACUCCACCUCUGGCCUUACCCAGCACUCCCACCUCUACGAUGGAAGAUACACUGAUGAUGACUGGGAUAAAGCUGCUGGAUAUGUCAGCCCCCCUCGUUGCCAUGGCAUCCUAAACCAGGAGGACAGCUUCUGGUCCCAGGCCCUGCAGGACCUAGAGACCUGUGGCCAAUCAGAGAUACUCAGGGAUCUAGAGGCAUCCAUGACAGGCAGCACUCUUAGCCUGUAUCUGGAAGAGACCAAGUCCCAGGAAGACUCAGUCUUGCAGAACAGAAUCAGUCCUGUGAAGAGAGGUCCCAUUCACGAGGAGCCCAAAACGAAAGACAACCUUCAGAGGUCCAAUAAGAUAAGGGACACCCCGCAUAGAGGAAAAGAGAUCCAUGAAACCACCUCCCCGACAGCCCUGGAACUACUAAAAGUGAGCCUGAAAAAGGACCAAGACUACGGAGACUUUGGGUUCAGUGUGUCAGAUGGCCUCCUGGAGAAAGGUGUCUACGUCAACAUGAUCCGGCCAGAUGGACCUGCCGACCAGGGUGGGUUGAAACCCUACGACCGCAUUCUGCAGGUGAACAGAGUGAGGACCAGAGACUUUGACUGCUGCUUGACCGUCCCUCUAAUCACUGAAUCUGGACAUAGCUUGGACCUGGUCAUCAGCAGAAACCCACUGACACAGGCAGAAUUUGGCCCGCUUCAGGACUGCGAGGAACCCUCUGACUCCUUAUUGGGCUUCCCACAUUACAGGAACAAUAGUAUUGCCCUGUGACAAGGGUCCAGGGGGAUAUUGUGGACUAAUUAGUGUGUUUGUGCAUUCGAUUGGUGCACAUUUUACACACAUUAUACUAUGGGCACAAACACACUCAUCUCUUGUCCACACACACACUCAAAAUAUUAUUCAUACAUGAGCAUAUAUGUUUACUUGAAUAAGGAAGACACUGUCCAUCAGCCGCUGAUUCACACUUUCCACAAGUGUAUUCAUGUGAUCUGGAGCAGAACAGAGGGCACUCAGUCAAGCUCCUGAGGCUUUUUAGGCGAAAACCACAUAACAGCAGUUACAUAACAGCUUCUGACUCUGUCUGAACAACAACAUUGCAACCCUGUAAGAAACUGUGGAAAAGCACAAACACACACUUCCCCCUGAGAAGCAGUCUUGUUCACAACACCACACCAUCCCAGUGUUGUGAAAUGCGUGCAUUUGAACCUCAGCAACCUCUUGCUGGGACUGGUGGUGUUACAUGUACACACACACACAUGCGCACAUUCGGGGAGGAGGGGUUAAGGAUUCCAGACAUGCUGUGCUGGACCAUUAUUUCAGCCAUGUUUUGGCUGGCUGCCCUCUUUACUUCAGCACGACCUGGACAGCCAGCGUCCCACACUGCCAAGUCCGGAGACAGAACGGCUAGCUAGCGCCUCCAAAUAGCUGAAAUACUAAGCUGACACUCACUGUUAACUUGCCAAGUAUUGCAAACAUUUCUAUUUUAGACAGCCCCCCAUCCUAAAGUCAGAAUUGUUUGUGAAAAUGGACUUGGUGACUUGGGUCCAAGCUUUCUGCCCUUGAGUUUUCAAAUGACCGUCAGAUGAAGGACACAUCCUUACCCUGGUAUUUUUUAUCACCACACUUUCUAUGAGGCCCUCAACAGAAGAUGCAUUACAGAAUGUUUCUUAUUCUUGUUGCAUUUUUCACUUCGUGUUAAUGGCUACUGGGUGUACCAGACUCAUUUGUCAUUCCUUUUUGUGGUCAGCAUUUUAUUUCCUGAGAGUAUUUGUGUACAAUUUAUAGUUAUCAAGUUCAUUUACCAAAUAACACAAUGUUUUUGCUUGUGUACACUAGUUGUUCACCUAAAUCAGAACCAUGCACUACAUUGAACACUUUUUCACACUAUCACUAUUUUGUUUUAUUAUAUCACUAAUUGUGGUUUAGACACAUUUUUUUCUUUUGAGAACUUUAUCACCCACUGUGAAGGAGUAUUUAUUUGCACAAAGCAAUGUUCAGAUUUUGUUGUUCUGAGAGCUUAUAUCUCAAUUUUCUUUCUGACUAGAAUAACCUCUUGCCCUUAUGUAAAUAUCACAUGUAAACACAUUUUAGAAGGCAUGACACAAUUUAUUUUGUUUUGCAGCACACAGAGUCAAGUCUCUGGAGUAGAGUGUGUGGUGUCCAAUAAACAGCCUCAAGUACAUCACAUCCCUGGCCAAAUGUGGAUUGAAAUACUUUUCAAUUCUGUAAAAAUGAAGUUCAGAUUCUUUCAAUUUAGUUUUAAUGUUUCUGCCCCAAUUCUGCAUAGGGUGUAGAAUACAAUGACAUACUACUUUCCCAAACCUUCACAGUUGGAUGGUUGUUGUUUUAUCAUGACACUGGAUGUUUUUAUAAAGCUCUUACAUAACAUAUUUGGCCCUGGCCUGCUUAACAAGCUGCCUCUGAGGAAAUAAGGUGAUUUGUUUCAUUUCAUGUAAUGGCUUGUGUAGCAAUGUAGCAAGAACGCUGAGAUGUACUGUCCCUUUCUGGGCUCAACUCACUGCUUUUUAAUCCUCAGGAAGGGAAUGUUUUUAUGUUGCUCUCAAACUUUCAUCCAACAUCAAAAAAUUAUCUAAUUUGAGGGGUGUGUUUUUUAAAUUAAUUUCAUGUGGUUCAGAAACUGGUCAGUAAAUGGUUUGUACCUGGUCCCCAUUUAUAGUGUUUGCAAAUGUGAUUUCUAUAUGUAAGAUGUGACCGAGUGCAGUAUCUGUUCUCUGUACAGUUCUUCUGCUUACAAAGUAUUAGACAUUUAAGUGUGUGUGGGGUGGGGGGGGGGGUUUGAAGGAAAUU